GCCGCUUGGAGCGCUAGUGUCGCUCCAGCUGUGAAACGGUAACAAGUAACAACUUUUAACAGCAGUGCCGUUUAAUGGGAGACUGUGUCACAUUACAAAUGUAAACCGUGGAGAUAAAUAAGCAAAGGGGCUAAUAACUGCAGUAAUGGACCACCAGAAAACUAUUCGGAUAAAAGAUGAAACAAAUGAAACAGCAGGUUCACCAGGCUCCAUUGUCCAGGUAUACCACUCCAGUGUGAAAAUAAAGGAAGAAUGGCAGGAGACUGGGAAUCAAGAGUUACUUCAAGAUCCAUUAAAAAUUGAAGAUCCAUGUUAUGACAUAAAGGAAGAGCCAGGACUAAAACUGAAUGAGAGACUCUCUGAGCAUAAUAUAUUCAGCGAUCCCAAAUAUGAUCCUCUGGGAGUAAAGACAGAGGAGGGCUCAGCAUUUGAGAAUGAUUGUCUUGAUGAGUACGAUCCAUUGAGCAUAACAGAUGAUGCGUGUCUUGAAGAUAACUUGGGAAUCUCUCAUCCAAAUGAUUUUAUCAAGGAGGAUCCUGAACUAAAUUUGGAGGUGGCAGCCUCAAUAAGAAAUGCAUCUGAUAGUUUAAGGUUCAUUCAAAGUGCUGGUGACAGCUGUGACAUUUCAUAUCAAGAAACAUUACAUCAAGGAGUAGUCAAUGACAAGCUGGAGAUAUAUGCAGAGAAGUCAACAGAUUUCAGUGUGUCUCACAACUAUACCAAAAUACAGACUUCACAAGAAGACGGCUUAUGUGGCACAAGAUUAAGUUGUAGCACCAGGGGAAAGGAAUUCCAUAAGUUUAACUGUAGUUUCUGCCUACAGAGCUUCCCUUCAAAAUACAGACUCAUAAUGCAUAUCUUCAUCCACAUUGACGGUGUGCAGGCACCUGCAUUUGUGUGUAAGUCAUGUGGUGAGGUAUUGCCCUCUGAUGACUGCUUGAAAGAACAUUUGAGAAUGAUGGAGGGUGACCAAGCAUUAUCUGCUACCAACAGUGAGAAACUUGAAUGCAGUGAUGAUCAUGAAAACAAUAUCUCCUUCGACUGUGUACAAGAAGGAAUUGUGGAACAGACUGCAGGGCCCCCUUCAUACAAGGUACCCAGGAAAACCUUCAAAAAAUCCUUUAAUGACAUAUGUAACACACAUACUGUGAAACAAGCUGAAGAGAAACUCGAAAGAUGUAAUGACUGUGGAAUUUCAUGUACAAGCGACCAUGCUCAUGUCCACACUGUGCUAAGCGCAAAGGGACAUCACAAAUGUGAUGUUUGUGGUAAAAUGUUUACUGUGUUAGGCAAUCUUAAGAAACAUCGCCUAAUACACACUGGAGAGAGACCCCACGAAUGCAAUGUUUGUGGAAAAUCGUUUGCUGUAAUGAGCUAUCUCAAGAAACAUGAAAUAAUACACACUGGACAGAGACUACACAAAUGCAAUGUUUGUGGAAAAUCGUUUGCUGUAAUGAGCUAUCUCAAGAAACAUGAAAUAAUACACACUGGACAGAGACCACACAAAUGCGGUGUCUGUGGAAAAUCAUUUACUCACUCGAGCAGUCUCAAGUCCCAUAUUUUAAGACACACAGGAAAGAGACCACACAAAUGCGAUGUGUGUGCAAAAUCGUUUACUGAAAGGUGCAAUCUCAAGAAACAUGAAUUAAUACACACUGGACAGAGACCACACAAAUGCGAUGUCUGUGGAAAAUCAUUUACUCAGUCUGGACAUCUCAAGACCCAUGAAUUAAUUCACACUGGACGGAGACCACAUAGUUGCAAUGUCUGUGGGAAAUCAUUUACUCAGUCGAGCAGUCUAAAGACACACGAAUUAAUACACACUGGACACAGACACCACAAAUGUGAUACUUGUGGUAAAUUAUUUAAUGCAUUGAGUAAUCGCAAGGCCCAGAAGAUAAUACACAGUGGAAAGAGACCCUACAAAUGUAGUAUUUGUGGAAAAUCUUUUAUUCAUUGGGGUAGUCUCAAGACACAUGAAUUAAUACACACUGGACAGAGACCACACAAAUGCGAUGUCUGUGGAAAAUCAUUUGCUCAGUCGGGAAAUCUCAAGACCCAUGUAUUAAUUCACACUGGACGGAGACCACACAGUUGCAAUGCCUGUGGAAAAUCAUUUACUCAGUUGGUCAGUCUCAAGACUCAUCUGUUAAUACACACAGCAAAGAGACCACACAAAUGCGAUGUGUGUGGAAAAUCGUCUACGCGGUCGGGCUAUCUCAACAGCGACGUUUUAAUACACACAUGAGAUGACCCCACAAAUGUGAUACUUGUGGUAAAUUAUUUAAUGUAUUGAGUAAUCUCAAGACCCACAAGUUAAUACACAGUGGAAAGAGACCCUACAAAUGUAGUAUUUGUGGAAAAUCUUUCACUCAUUGGGGCAGUCACAGGAAACACAAAUUAAUACACACUACAUAGAGGUCACUCAAAGUAUUGUUGAGGUCUGUAGACCUACACAUGUUGAUAGAAGACCACACGUGUUUUAUGAAAAUUGUUCGCAUGUGCUACAGAGAGGUCACAAAAAAAUAUGACAAAUCCAUUUCCGCAGCUUCACAUUCAAAGAAGUUACAUACAAAAUACAACAUAUGAAGCACACAAUUCUGAUUUUUUGUUGCAAAUACUCCAUGCUUUAAUUGUUCAGGCUACCCAAAAUCUGUCUUCCACCAUUACCGGUGCACCAACAUCAGGCGCUACAGUCUGGUUCUAGGCGCUACAGUCUGGAACUGCGGGACCGCUACGGUCGCAAGUUCGAAUUUGCCUCUGGCAUUGAUGUGUGUGAUGUCCUUAGGUUAGUUAGGUUUAAGUAGUUCUUGGGGACUGAUAACCACAGCAGUUAAGUCCCAUAGUGCUCAGAGCCAUUUGAGCCAACAUCAAAAAUCACCUACUCGUUGAUAUGCCUACAGGAUUAAUCUUUAGAGAUCUUGCACAAGAAAAACAUAACUUACUUCAAUGCCAUGCUACAUCGAACACCCACGAAAAACACACUAGCGCGACCCUUCUUGCUUCCUUCCAUCGGAAGAUAGCUGCGCAAAAUCGUCACGUGACUAUGAAACACCUAUUCCGCCAUGUGAAAAAUAUAGAAGCAAACAUUGCCUCUGAGCCAUCACCAUAGGAAAUACCAAAUCAGCCGCUUGUGUAAUUCUGUAACAAUAAAUAUCAUCAGUACCAAAGGAGCAUCUAUCCCAUUUUACAGAGCAGCUAGGUUCUGAUUUGCUUGUUCUAGAUAAUGGAUGGGCAUCCGACAACCUUUGUCAACUUGUGGUUUCACCAUCUUUCAACAAUGUUCCAUAGAGGCUGAUGGUGGAAGCAUCUGCACAGCCAACCACAUUCGCUGCUUCUGAGAUGCACUUACCCAGGCACCAGGCAAAACCAUCUGCUCUUUGGCAAAGUUAUUUAUGCAAUUUUUUUAACAAACUGUCACUAGAAUGAUAACCACUCAUUUCUGGUUGUAUAGUUUCAUUACUACGUGACAUAGCCACAAUGAUGCUGGGUAGCAAACACUCCUCCUACGGAAGUGGAUUCAGUGAUUUGGAUUAACAGUGUAUCUUCACAAAAAAGGCCUUUUGGUAAAUUGUGUAGUAAUUCAAUUUUUCUGCUUUGUUAAAUUUUAUGUCAAUACACUAUUGUCAGUUCAAGUGCCGUAUUUAUUGUGAAAAAUUUUUGUAUUACAAAGCUCUGUACAUUAAUUUUAUGCAUCAAAUCUUUUAAUUAUUUGUCUGUUUUUAAAUACCAUGUAACUACUGUACAAACAUCAGUGGCAAAACUGUCAUCAUGUAGUGUCAGAUUAUAAUUCUGAUUGUUUGUAGAAACACAAGGACAGUUGAAAGAGCUCAGUGUGAUUUCUAGGUUAUGAAUUUAAUCCAAAUGCAUGAUUUUUAUUGUAAUAAGUUAAUUUAUCACAUGUACUUUCUUUCUAAUUGCUUUGUUUCAAUUUGAUUUUUAGUUGUCUUUUUAUCUGCUUUAAACAUGAUUUCAUAGUGUAUAUUUUCCAUAAUUUCUCUGAGUAAA